AUGGAGUGGCUGGUUCCCGUGAUUUUUGCCCUGCACUUCUUCUGGCUGUACUGCUGCUUGCGGCUUGCAACGGGCCACGGAGAGAAGGUUGCUUUGCCUGGAAAGUUCCGCGGUGUGCUCUACCUCGACGUUUUUGGCUGGCUAUCUCUUGAGGGCGAAAACCAAACGCCUCAUCAUGCAAGCAGAAGACGGAGCAGGGAGGCGCAGCGAGAUGGCACAUUUGAUGGUCCAAAUCAGGCAAUGCCAGUGGCCGUGCAUGUGGCAGUUGCUGAUGAUUGUCUUCGAAAGAAGGCGCAGCUUUUGCUGCAAUUGGAAAAAUGGGAGAGCCCCCAGAUUGAUGAAAUUCGAGACAAUGGGAUGACUGCUGAAGUGGCAAGGUUGAGGCAGCUCUUCAACACUGUUGAGGAGGAGCUACAGGCUACGCUACAGAAAGUGAAUGACCUCUCGCCUGGCCUCAAUGAUGCACAACGGGAUCAUCUACCGCGAGUUCUUCUGAUUUUGUUAUUCACAUGCAUCAGCAACUUAGCAACGCGAACGCAGCCUAGCUUUCUCAUCACAAUACCUGCACCCGAUUGUGCAAACAUCUGCAAAGGUGUGUUGCUUCCAUAUCCUACGUGCAAAACAAGCACCCCCAACUGGGGCCAUUCGAUCACCAGGGAGGAAGGAUGCCAUGAGUGCAGUUCACAGCCUGCAUUGUGGCAAGGGGCUGCUCAGCAGCAUCCUCCUCUCAAUGAGCUUACUCUGUUGAGAAAGGACAUCCUUUUCGACUUGAAUGACACCGUUAAGCUCCUGCAGAUUGAUGCGAAGUCGCCUGCCGAGUUCCCUCAUGUUCCACUGGGUCCUCUUCCACCGCGGAAUGUGCGAGCAUCAGCCCAGCAAGCACUUGCCGAUCCUGUGUAUGUCCAUCAUCCUGUGCUAUCAGAUAAGGCGAAGGAGGUGCUUGCCAAGGCUUAUGAUAAUGGAAAGUUUGCACGCCUACAGGUCGACACCGUCUCUGGAUUUUACAACAUGGCAGAUGCGACCUGCCUUUGGUACUGGCAGUAUGGUUUGCUAAUCGGAUAUGGAUUCGCAUUGGUCUAUGCAGCCGGAACUAUUCCAGCUGGAUGGCUUUGCGACCGCCAUCGGCGGACCAGCAUCAUCGCUCUAUCCACGUUCGUUUGGUCAUUGUGCACAGCAAUGCAGGCCCAAGCCACUGAUUUAUUCUUGCUGGUUGGGUGUCGUGUCAUGGUUGGCCUUGCUCAAUCUUUUGGCACACCAGCCUGUUUGUCGCUAUUGGUGGACUACUUCACCAGCAAUGGUGCACAACGAGACAUGGCCCUUGCAUUGUUGACUAUGGUGGGUCCACAACUGGGCGUGGGCUGUGCUUCUUUCAGCAUCAUAUUUGCGGAGGUGGUCGGAUGGCGAUGGGUUGUGCUACUGACAGGUCUUUUGGGUGUCUUGCUGGCGUUAGUAAUCCUAGUUACCAUCAAGGAGCCAGAGAGAACCGAAUGGUCUGCUCCUUGCCCGGUCAGCGUCGUAGUCGAGGAGGUCUUCGAGAAGUCUCGUGUUUCAAGGCUGUUGAUGUGGGCAGUGUCUGCCAAGAUGUUGUCCUCAUACACCUUGACGGCAUUUCUGCCAAUUUGGUUUGCUCGACGAAAUCUUGUAGGCUACACCAAUGAUGCGUAUGCAUUCUGGAACGCCUUAGCGGUGUCAUUGGCGGGCCUCUUCUCCGUCUGCCUUGGCAGUAUCAUAGGACAACCAUGGAGCAGGCUGGACGUGCGAGCACCAUGUUACAUAGGCCUACUGGGCGCUCUAGCCUCGCUCCCACUGAUCUUCUUCAUGCUUUUCACAGAGUACUUCAAGACCUCGCUUCUUUGCUACUUCCUGACACUCGUGAUGGGUGAGACUUGGCUUGGGCCUUCCAUGAACCUUCUGCAGCUUGCACAGCGGGAUUCAGUACGAGGUCAAGCUACAUCGAUGCUUUUGGGCGUGGCAGCCUUGGCAGGAAAUCUGGGCCCAGCACUUGUGGGCAUUUUGGAUCCAGGUGGAAGGGAGAUUGGAUUCCAUUUGCUUUGGAUUUGCUCAGCUGCUCAAGUUUUUGCAGCUCUGAGCUUUCUUUGGACAGCCCAUGAGAUCACAUUGGACCCUGUCUCCGUAUGGCUGCAGUUGGAAUGGAACACUUCUGGUCAUGUGAUGGAGUAUUGGUACGACCCUGACACUGGUGAGAGCAGAUGGUCCAUGCCUUCUGAGCCUGACAUCACUUCACACCUUUCGAAGAUGAACGAAGCAAUUGAGACCUUUAGCUCCCAGGUGAAGGCUCUUGCAACGCUCAUCCCCCAGGAACAGCAGCGACAGACCAAUAGAACACAUCACAUGGAGCAUCAGACUUCCACAUUUAGCGAGGUAUCUGAUGGCCACACUGCGCAGAAUUUGCUUCGAGGGAGCAACGCUGAUGCGAUGCCAGACUCCUUCUUCAGCUCAACCGCAGCUGCACCGGUCACUUUUCAGCCGGAGCAAACGGAGCAGGAGGCAGAACAUCAACAAACAGACGACGCCUCCCACAGGAGGAGGGCGCCAGGGCAUUUGCCUUGGGCUACAUUUCAACAAGGUACCUUUGCUCUGCUGGGCCUUUGGGCUAUUGGCCUGACGUCACUGGUCCUGGCCUAUCCGACUUGUCCUUGCACUGGGUGCGCUGCCGAGUGCAAGGACUCUCUGCAGUAA